AUAACUCCGAGGCAAACUCGACUGCGCCGACUGCUAGAUCGUGCUGUUCACGCGUUGUAACGACACAACAGAUAAGGAUGCUGACAGGUUCCUCAUCUCUCCUGCUACUGAUUUCCACCGCAAUCAGCUGGUCGCUGUCAGCAGCAAGCCUUCCAAUCGAGCUGCGCGUGAGUAAAUACGACAGAGUGCAAGCUUAUGUUGUUUCCGGACGUCUCAAACGCUCGAUUCGGCACGCGACGGAGGGAAGCAAGCGAGCACUCAGUGUGAAUGUCCACGGUGCUGCGCGUUCGUGGACCAUCAGACUGCUGUCGAACAGAGGUCUCAUUUCCCCGACUUUUGCAUUGACCUACUUUGAUGAUCAUGGCAACGAAGUAGUGAAACAAGACUCAACGAAUUGCUAUUAUCAUGGCAGAGUUGAAGGUGUGAGAGACAGUCAUGUUAGCAUCAGUACAUGCAGUGGAUUGAGAGGAUUAGUUUACGAUGGCAACGAGACGUUCCACAUUCAUCCUGCAGAAACCAGUACGGACGAGUUUGAUCACAUUCUUUUCAAAACGGAUGAUGUCAAGGAUAUGCCAUCUCUAAGGACAUGUGGAAACAAAAAAGAAGUCGUUCCUUCUGUCAACGAGUUACUAACAAAUCGUCCUCACGUUCAUCACUCUCUCCACCAUAUGAAACGUCGUGCUACGAAUCAAUACGUUGUAGAGCUGGUCAUCGUCGCUGACAACACCCUGUAUAAAGACCUGAAUUCGAAUGCGACUGCUGUGAGAGACUACUGCGGGCAAGUGGCCAACACAAUGGACGGCGUAUACAAGAGACUGGGUAUGGGGUUUCGUGUUGCUCUCACUCGUGUGGAGGUUUGGUCGGCUGGCGACAGAGUUACGAUUCACGACAGUGCAUUUGACAUGCUCGAGGAGUUUACGUCGUAUGUUGAUAAGUUGAGCUACCAUUACGACAACGUCCAGUUGAUAACUGGCAACGACUUUGAUGGCAGCACCGUCGGUAUGGCUCAUGUGAACUCCAUCUGUAAUAAAAAGUUCUCGUCGGGUGUUAAUCAGCAUCUGGGUGUUCCUGAAAACGUGGCUGCUGUUAUGUCUCAUGAAAUGGGACAUAACUUUGGAAUGAAUCACGACGAUGGACGAUCUGGAUGUUCGUGUUCUGAUUCUUUUGGCUGUGUUAUGUCUGCAUCAUCCGGAGGUCCAGCAAGAGACUACGUCUUCUCUGAAUGCAGCAAGAGUGAUUUGCAGGCUAAUCUAAAGAACGGACUCGGUCACUGUCUUUACAACCAACCAACUCAACUCUAUUCAGAACCUGUAUGUGGCAAUGGGUUUAAGGAAGCUGGCGAACAAUGCGACUGUGGGAGGGAAGAUGAAUGUUUCCAGAAUGAUCCAUGCUGUCAGCCAGGCAAAUGCAUCUUAAAAGCAACUGCCAAUUGCAGUGAAGGCGAAUGCUGUCGUAACUGCCAGUUUCGUAGUAGAGGAUCGUUAUGUCGAGAUGUUAUCAAUGACUGUGACUUUCCUGAGUAUUGUACGGGUGCAUUAAAAGAUUGUCCACAGAAUAUUUAUAAGCAAGACGGCGUGAGCUGUGAUAGUAAUCAGGGUUAUUGCUAUCAGGCUUCGUGUCGUACACACAGCAGGCAGUGCACCAUUCUAUGGGGAUCAGAUGGCAGCAAUGCUCCUGAAAUGUGUUACCAACGCAUCAACAUUGCUGGAGACCUCUACGGCCAUUGUGGAAAGACUAGCAACAACAAAUUCAAGCCAUGUGAAGCAAGCGACGUGUUUUGUGGGAAGAUCCAGUGCAGUUCGUCAAAGUCAUAUCCUAUUAUAGGAACUACCAAGCAGUCUACGUCGUAUACGUUUGGUUCUCUCACGUGCAGAGGAGCGAGUGUCAAUCUCGGUGAUGACGUUCCCGAUCCCGGCAUUGUCGAGGACGGCACUAAAUGCGGAGAAAACAAAAUAUGCCUCUCUAAUAAAUGUGAACCAUUGUCCUUUCUGAACACACAACUAUGUCCGGCAAGCAAUGCAACUGUCAUGUGCUCUGGACACGGGGUGUGCACCAAUGUGCUCAAAUGCUAUUGUGAUGACAAGUGGGCACCUCCCUUGUGUGAUCAGCCGGGAAAUGGAGGCAUCGACAACAACUUACCACCAUCUGAAAGCGGUGGGGGAGGCAACAGUGGUGCUAUAGCUGGCGCUGUCAUUGCCGUUCUUGUGGUAGUUGGCGUGGUAGCGUUUGUGGCGUAUUGGUAUCGUGAUCGAUUGCGAGCGAUGAUCAAGAGUCGAAGUCAGAAAGGAGAUUUGAGCACAACUCGCAACAACAGUGCAAACAGAAGAGUGGUGCACGUUCAAGUUGACAACGGUAACUUUAGGACUGCACCUUCCUGCCCGGCCAACAAACCGACUGCCAAUGUCUCCACCAAACCGGUAGUCGUGAAACCGUCUUUUCCACCACCUGCUCCUCCAUCAGCACCGAGGCCACCCACAAGGCCUAGAACAUCAGAGAAGAAUAACCCUCCAGAUAGGCCUCCCAAUCCGAGGCCUGUUCCCAACCGUCCUCCUGCACCAUCAUCUCAGCUUCCUUCUCUCCCGUCCGCAAAGCCUCCACCUCCCAUCAAACCAAAGCCGCCAGCAAACUAAUGUCUAUGUAUCAAGGAUGGUUGAUGAUAGAAUUGGAUUUUAAAAUUAAUUGGUAUGGAAUGUAUUGUUGACAUUAUAGUUUUAUUUUUGUCGAGCUUCGAUGUACAGUGAGUUGAUGUUGUGUAAUGUAAACCCUAUGGUAUAUUAGAUGGAAACCUAUUUACUAGA